AAUCGAGCCCUUGAAAUGGAGGAAAAGCGCAAAGAUAUCGGAACUCUACAGCCGGCGAAUUACGCCACCGCAACGCCAUCGAAGCCGUCGGAAGCUAUGGCGGUUGAGCCAACGUCGUCACGGCGGAGAGGUGGCCCAAAGCGAAAAGCGGGCAACAUCAGCGGCAGUGGCAACAGUUCGACAUCCCAAACGAUGUCGUUGAAGCGCCAAGCUCGUGAGAAGCCCCAGGCGGUGCCGUUCCCGUCGAUCCACCACAACGGUCCGUGCACUAGAGCUCGUCAGCUACCGAACAACAAUUCCGCAGCGUCUCCGUUGGAUUCGGUGGCGUUGGUGAAGAGUGAGGCGGCGGAUGCGGUGGCAAAACCGGUGGGCAGUGGAGGAGAGGCGGUGAAGUCAGAAGAGUUGAAAGGUGUAAAAGAAGACUUGGAGGUUUUGGAGGCGAAGAUUGAAGCUGAAUAUAAAGUUACUAGAUCGCGUGGUGCCAAUGCUCAUGUGGUGCCAAAUCACUGUGGUUGGUUUUCAUGGAACAAAAUUCAUCUAUUGGAAGAAAAAUCUUUGCCUUCUUUCUUUAAUGGAAAGUCGGAGAGUCGGACUCCUGCAAUAUACUUAGAGAUACGAAAUUGGAUUAUAAAUAAGUUUCAUGCAAAUCCUGACACACAGAUUGAGUUGAAAGAUUUGUCUGAGCUCUCUGUUGGAGAUUUGGAAGCGAAGCAGGAGGUGAUGGAUUUUUUGGACUAUUGGGGUUUGAUGAAUUAUCACCCAUUCCUGCAGACUGAGUCUGCUGUUCUGGGUGCUGCUGAUGCUGACGGAUUGGCAAUGACAGACUCUUUGGUUGAAAAAUUGUAUCGCUUUGAAACAGAACUGUCACAUAAGCCGGUAGUUCCUAGGACUAAUGUAGCGACACAGACUGUGCCUUGUGGAUUGUUUCCGGAGUCUGCUGUUGCUGAAGAAUCAGUGAAGUCUGAGGGACCGUCUGUUGAGUACCAUUGCAAUUUUUGCUCAGCUGAUUGCUCUCGCAAGCGCUAUCAUUGCCAGAUUCAGGCAGAUUAUGAUUUAUGCAGUGAAUGCUUCAACAAUGGUAAGUUUGACUCUGAUAUGUCCCCGUCGGAUUUCAUUCUUAUGGAGCCUGCUGAGGCAGCUGGUGUAAAUGGUGGGAAGUGGACAGAUCAGGAGACCCUCCUUCUCCUUGAAGCACUGGAACUUUUUAAGGAAAACUGGAAUGAGAUUGCUGAGCAUGUUGCAACAAAAACAAAAGCUCAAUGUAUCUUGCACUUUGUUCAGAUGCCAAUUGAGGAUAUGUUCAUGGACUGUGAUGAUGAAAUUGAUGCGAAUUUUAAAGAAAAUGCAGAUCCAGUGUCAACAAAUGAUGAUGCUGUAGUUUCUAAAGAUGCUCCGGCUUCUAAAAGUGCAGAUCCAGUUUCAACCCAUACUAGUACCUCGACUUCCAAAGAUACCACAGAAAUGACAGGUAGCAAGGACAAUGCAUUCGGCAAUCAACGCCUGUCCUCCCCAGUGGAAAUUUCAAAGCCAGAGGAUGCCAGUGAACCAAAUGUUAAUGAUGAGACUGGUGAGAACUGUGCGCUGAAGGCACUGAAGGAAGCAUUUGAAGCUGUGGGUUCUCUUCCUUCGCCUGGCAAACAACUUUCAUUUGCUGAAGUCGGUAACCCUGCCAUGGCAUUGGCAGCAUUCCUGGUGCGAUUAGCGGAACCCAAUAUUGUUGCCAUCUCAGCCCGUAGUUCUUUAAAAUCUAUCAUGGGCAAUUCCUCUGGUGUGCAGCUUGCUGCAAGGCACUGUUUUCUUCUGGAAGAUCCAUCAGACGACAAGCAGAAAGCAGCUGAUUCUGAGAGAGAUGUCACUGGAAUGGUUGAGCCGGAAGCUAAGAAAGAUGAGACUCAGAACGAUGUUAAGCAGAAAGAGAAAAAGUCUGACUUAAAAUUUGAUGAUAGUGGUUUAUCAGAUGAUCACAAAAAUGAAGGAAACAAGGAUUCUGUGGCUCAAGAAAAAGUAGUUAAUUUUUCAUCUAAUGUUCUACGCGCAGACAAGUCUUGUACUGCAAAAGAACCAGAUGUAAUUGGUACUCCCAAGGUGGUUGAACCUGCCCCUUUGACUAAAUCAGAUAUUCCAGAUUUGCCGAAGGAACAGACACCAAGUAAUGAAGAAGAAUCAAAUGAUUUGACAUCCAAAGUGAAACUUCCUCCAAGUUCUUCAAAAGAUGGAGCUUCGAUUGGGGGCCCCUUUCAGUCUUCUGAGAGGGUGGAUAUGACUAAUUCUGUUACCUUGGAAAAGAAAGAGUCUGAGCAUACGAUUGCAUCAAGUUCACGGGUUGAAAAUGGAGCAAACACAGGUUUUAUUUUUCAGUAUUUCCUUAUAUAUAGGAUUAUGAGUAUUUUUAAAAUAUAAAGAGAUUGAGAAUAAUUAAGUUCAUGAAGUUGAAAUAAUGAAAAUAAUAUAGUUUGAGGUAGGAAAUCACUAACCUAAUUACAAAAAAAAAUUGAGGGAAUGAUUGACAUAUGGAUAAGUUAUAAUUAUUAUGUAAGGAAAGAGUGGAGAAGAUGCUACUUACAUUAUACAAAGUCUCAAGCAUGUUUCAUCUCUUUUUGAGAAAACAAAUAUAUGUGUCCCAUUGGUGGAUUUUUGUAUCAGGCUGUAAAAUAAGUCACAAAAAUAAAUUUGGAGUUUGCUACUAUUAUUUAUCUGUUUACUCUUUCUUUUUCUCUUUUCUUUGGUUUUGGGGGAAGAGGGAGGGGGGGUGUUUAAUUAUGGGGAUGGUAGGAACAGAUUUUUAUGUAAAAGUUAAAAUGUUAUUGUAAGCUUGAUCUCAUAGCAUGAAAGAACCAGAUGUAAUGGGUACGCACAUUGUGGUUGAAUCUCCCUUUUUAAAUGAAUCAGAUAAUUCACAUUUGCCAAAGGAACAAGCACCUAGUAAUGUGGAAGAAUCGCCCAAAAUGAAACUUCCUCCAAGUUCUGGAAAGGAGUCAGAAGAUGGAGUUUCAGUGGGAGGGCCCCUUCAAUCUACAGAGGCUCCAAAGGAUGUGGAUAUGACUGAUGUUAUUCCCUCGGAAAAGAAAGAGUCUGAGCAUCCAAUUACUUCCAAUUUACUGUGCAAAAAUGGAGCAAAUGCAGGUUCCAUUUUUCAGCAUUUCCUGACAGAUAGGAUUCUGAGUAAUUUUUAUAAAGAAGGAAAUAGGGCCCGAGACUAAUCAAGUUCAUGAAGUCAAAAUAAUGGGGAGAAUAUAUUGUUAAUUGGGAAAUUGACUUCAAAAAGUUGGGGGAAUGGAUAGCAUAUAGACAUGAAUGAUAUGGGGUGGAGAAGAAGCAACUUGCUUUGUAAAAGUUUCAGGGAACAUUUUUCAUGAUUGGGGACAAUUAAAAGAUGCAUCCCCAUUGCUGGAUUUUUUUUAUGAGGCGGUAAAAUAAGUUAACAGAUAUAAAUUCGGAGUUUGUCACCAUUAUUCAUCUAUUUAUUAAUCCCUUUGGUGGGGGUAAACCUUUGGUAUAGGUUCAAAUCCUAUUGGACGCAAUUCUUUUCUGUGUAUCUUUUUUUUUAUUUCAAUCUCAACUAUCAAUAAAGACAUAUUUUGAAGGAUUUGAAUCGGAAACGCGCGAUUCCCCCUUAUUUAUCGUAUAUGAUGGAAAGAUUUUAUGGACCGGUUUCACACUACAAAUGAAAUUGUUUGCAUAAGCUUGAUAUAUUUUCCUGAAUUGCAUUUGGUUUGUUUUAUGCAGGUGAGGAAGAAGCAAAAGACUGUAAGAAUGAGAAUAAAGAUCCUUUGGAGACCAGAAACGAUAUCAAUAUAGACAAGGUCAAGUGUGCUGCGGUAACUGCACUCUCAGCUGCAGCAGUGAAGGCUAAGCUUCUUGCAUACCAGGAAGAAGACCAAAUUCGACAGCUUGCUACGUCAUUGAUAGAAAAACUGUUGCACAAGUUGGAGACCAAGUUGGCUUUCUUUUCUGAGAUGGAAAGUGUGGUCUUGAGGGUUAGGGAACAAUUAGAAAGGUCAAAACAGAGACUUUACCAUGAGAGGGCACAGAUCAUAGCAGCCCGACUUGGCAUCUCUGCUUCCUCAACUAGACCAAUGCCGCAAUCAUUAGCACCCAACAGAGCUGCAAUGGCUUAUGCAAACUCAGCACCAAGGCCCCCGAUGAGCAUGACCUCUCAAAGACCACCCAUGAUUAGACCCAUGAUGGCUUCAGGUCCUCCUCCAAACCCAUUUGCAUCUUCUACAGUUGCAGGAAAUUCAGUUCAGCCUUCCAAUCAGGACAAACUCUCUUCUGUUGGAAUGAAGUAAUUUUUGCUCAAGAACGUAUGGAUACAAUUUACUAUACAACCAGUCCUUCACAGCCGAUUUACACCAACUAUGUGCCCACAUCUUUCGUCCAGCUACAUCAUGGAAGAAAUUCACAGGCCAGACGGAUGAUAUUCAGUUGCUGCCGGGUGUAUAUUUUGAAUCAUCACAGAAAUAUUUCAACUAUUUAUUGGUGACUCCCUUAACCAGCAAAAUUUUCCCGAGAUGGCCUCUUUAUGUGAGCCAUAUUUUGUAACUUACAGUUUGGGUCAUUGCUGUAUUACACGUGUUCUUAGACAUUCAUGAAGGUGUUGAUUCUCGGUAAAUAUGAUGAAUAUUCAUCGGCACAAAGCUUUGUAUUUUUUGUAACUUAAGCUUAAUCAUUCUGUGCAAAGUUCUGUAUCUCUGGUAUCUAUCUGUAUUUAGAAUUUGACUGCUUCAACAUGAAGGGAAUGGUAGGGAGAUCUCUAAUGCAAGUAGUUGUUUUGGUAUAGGUUUCAGUAUUUUCUAUGUUCAUCCCUAGAGCUCUUGGUUUUGGUAUGGGUGCUGGCCGGAAUUGUAAGUAAUGGAACAAGAU